ACAGAAACCAGUUGGCCCUGCAUGCCACCCAGAACCCACUCUCACCUGUGCUCCUAUUCACACACACUCCUCUGUACACACUUGUGCACGCUCACUUUCCUAUUCACACAGUCACAUAAGAUACAUGUGAGUUUACACAUUAAACUCUUGUGUAUAUGAAUGGACAUCUGUCCAAACAUGUUCUUUCAUUCAAUCACACUCAUACAGCACAAAUUCACUUACUAUAUAUGCAUUUAUAACUUCCACAUACUUUCUAAAAGUGAUCCCUGUUAUACACACACACUCUUGUAAGCUACGCACAUAUGAAUUCACACAUUUACUCAUGUAGAUGAAUGUACUGAUAGAUCUAGCCAACAUAUUUAUAUACUCACACAUUCAUGAUGUUUUCCUAUACACACACAGUUCACAUUUUCACGCUCCUGUGCACACAGUCUCACACACACAAACAAGUACAUGCACACACUCCUGCUCCUACGCAAUUCUCUGUCCACUUCUUGGCCCCCGCUCUGCGUGAUGACUUCAGCAGAUGCCUGAGCCCUGGUCUUCGGCCUCAGGACUGGGGAGGGAGUUCCGGUUGGAGGCUGGCUGUCCCCUUCCAGGAAGGAGCAGGCCUGGGAGGCGGAGCCCUCUUCCCUGAGCUCCAGGGAAGUGAGAUCUUGGAGCAGCUGCCAGAGGUGAUGGUGGGGCUUCUGUCCUCAUCCCCUCGGGGUGACUCUGGAGAACAUCUAAAGCUGGAAGUUGUCAUAGAGGUUGGCACUGGGCCUGUGUAGGUUCCUUUAGGCCCAACCGAUUGGGUGUGGUGAGGCUAGCCGUUGUCAUGGAAAUAAGCAUAUGUCUGCAUCCACCUCUGGCAGGCAGGAGACCCCAGAGGGCACCUGUGGGCUCCCUAAGAGCUCUGGGUUUCUUGUUUGGCCGGCUCCACCCUUGCCGCCUCUCUGUCUGGGAGAAACUGAGGCCCAGCUGGGGGAGGCUGGGCACUGCCUGGCCUUGGCUCUUUGUUCCCUAAUUACCAUCUGAGUUGCUGGCUGCGUCCCUGAGGUUGCCGCUGCCCAAACUGCCCUCUAAUGAGGCCACCUGUCCCAGGGGACCAAGGACCUGUGUGGGAGCUGGUACAGAGGGCUCCCUCCCUAACUGGAGUCCUAGCCUCUGUGGGGGAUGCAGGUCUGGACUGGGGCCUGGGCCUCUGCUGCCAAGGGCCCUGCAUAACUACCAGGCCUCCCAUCCCCUUGCCAUCCCUGCCCGGAGACUCAGUCCUCAGCCCUGUUCAGACCAGAGUUAGCAGUGGUCUUGGCCCAGGGAGAACUGAGGUUUGUGCCAGUGCUUGGAGAGGGAGCCUUGGGGGCAUGAGGGCUUGUUACCGAUAUCAGGGGGCUGUUUGACCUGGGACAAGGGGUCAGGAGAGGGACUCAGGGUCUUGAAUAGGGAGUGAGCUCAAGGUGGAAGGACUCUGACACCACUGCCCUGCUCACAGGUUCCCCUGGAGGCCCUUGGCCAGGCCUGAGCCUCUGCCACCAUGGCCAUUGUGCAGACUCUGCCACUGCCACUGGAGCCUGCUCCUGAGGCUGCCACGGCCCCACAAGCUCCAGCCAUGGGCAGCGUGAGCAGCCUCAUCUCAGGCCGGCCCUGCCCUGGAGGGCCGGCUCCUCCCCGCCACCAUGGCCCCCCUGGGCCCACCUUCUUCCGCCAGCAGGAUGGGCUGCUGCGGGGUGGCUACGAGGCACAGGAGCCACUGUGCCCAGCUGUGCCCCCCAGGAAGGCUGUCCCUGGCACCAGCUUUACCUACAUCAACGAGGACUUCCGGACAGAGUCACCCCCCAGCCCAAGCAGUGACAUUGAGGAUGCCCGAGAGCAGCGGGCACGCAAUGCCCAUCUCCGUGGACCCCCACCGAAGCUCAUCCCUGUCUCUGGGAAGCUGGAGAAGAACAUGGAGAAAAUCCUGAUUCGCCCAACAGCCUUCAAGCCAGUACUGCCCAAGCCUCGAGGGGCACCGUCCCUACCUAGCUUCCUGGGUCCUCGGGCCGCCGGACUGUCUGGGAGCCAGGGAAGCCUAACACAGCUGUUUGGGGGCCCUGCCUCCUCUUCCUCUUCCUCCUCCUCCUCGGCUGCCGACAAACCCCUGGCACUGAGUGGCUGGGCCAGUGGCUGCCCAUCGGGGACGCUGUCUGACUCUGGCCGAAACUCAUUGUCCAGCCUGCCCACUUACAGCACCGGGGGUGCUGAGCCGGCCACCAACUCCCCAGGCAGCCACCUGCCCUCCCACGGCCCUGGGCGGGGGGCACUGCCUGGGCCAGCCCGAGGGGCCCCUACUGGGCCCUCCCACUCGGACAGUGGCCGCUCUUCCUCUAGCAAGAGCACAGGCUCCCUGGGGGGCCGUGUGGCUGGGGGGCUCUUGGGCAGCGGUCCCCGGGGCUCCCCUGACAGUAGCUCCUGUGGGGAGCGCUCCCCACCCCCACCGCCGCCCCCACCACCCCCUUCGGACGAGGCCCUGCUGCACUGUGUCCUGGAAGGAAAGCUCCGUGACCGUGAGGCAGAGCUGCAGCAGCUGCGGGACAGUCUGGACGAGAGUGAGGUGACCGUGUGUCAGGGCUACGAGGACCGGCAGCGGCACUGCCAGAGAGAGCGCGAGGCCCUGCGUGAGGACGGUGCGGCCCAGGCACAGCGAGCACAGCGGGCCCAGCAGCUGCUGCAGCUGCAGGUGUUCCAGCUGCAGCAGGAGAAGCGGCAGAUGCAGGAUGACUUUGCGCAGCUGCUGCAGGAACGAGAGCAGCUGGAGCGGCGCUGUGCCACCUUUGAGCGGGAGCAGCGGGAGCUCGGGCCACGGCUGGAGGAGACCAAGUGGGAGGUGUGCCAGAAGUCAGGCGAGAUCUCCCUGCUGAAGCAGCAACUGAAGGAGUCUCAGGCAGAGCUGGUGCAGAAGGGCAGUGAGCUGGUGGCCCUGCGGGUGGCGCUGCGGGAGGCCCGGGCGGCACUGCGGGUCAGUGAGGGCCGGGCACGGGGCCUCCAGGAGGCAGCCCGAGCUCGGGAGCUGGAACUGGAGGCCUGUUCCCAGGAGCUACAACGGCACCGCCAGGAGGCUGAGCGGCUACGGGAGAAAGCUGGGCAGUUGGACACCGAGGCGGCUGGCCUCCGGGAACCCCCUGUGCCACCUGCCAUGGCUGACCCAUUCCUCCUGGCAGAGAGCGAUGAGGCCAAGGCGCAGAGGGCAGCAGCCGGGGUGGGGGGCAGCCUGCGGGCCCAGGUGGAACGGCUGCGGGCAGAGCUACAGCGGGAGCGGCGGCGGGGCGAGGAGCAGCGGGACAGCUUCGAGGGGGAGCGGCUGGCCUGGCAGGCAGAGAAGGAGCAGGUGAUCCGCUACCAGAAGCAGCUGCAGCACAACUAUAUCCAGAUGUACCGGCGUAACCGGCAGCUGGAGCAGGAGCUGCAGCAGCUCAGCCUGGAGCUGGAGGCCCGGGAGCUCGCUGACCUGGGCCUGGCCGAGCCAGCCCCCUGCAUCUGCCUGGAAGAGAUCACCGCCACCGAAAUCUAGGGCCCUUGGCAUCCCAGCUCUGCCAGGAGCUCUGCUGAGGGGGGCAGUCACCUCAGGUGCACUGAGGGCCCCAGAGCCACUUGUCCCCUGGGAUUCAGGCCUCAGGGCCUCUGCCAGGAACUCAGGGUUGCCCUAUGACUUGGAUGAGCAACAUCAGACUCCUUGAAGGUCCCUGUGUUCACUGUCACGCAGAGUCAUAACUCACUCAACCCAUUUCACUCCCCAACUGCUGCCAGUGCCACUCUGCUAACCCAUGCACCCCAGACACUCGCCAGCCCUCCCAGCCAGGGGGGUACAAAGAGAAAGGGGCUCCCUCAUCUCCACAUUCUCCCCCACCCCAAAGCCAGAGAGAGCCAGACAGCGCCAGCUGCUCCAGAUGUGCCUGCCCCCACCCUCCCCAUGUUGAGGGCCAGGGCUGGGACUGAGGUCUGAUCCCCAGGUUCCAGCUCUGCAGCCUCUCUCCUGGGGUGAGGGGGCUGUAGUCAGACCAAAGGAAGAACUCAGAAAUGUUUUGUUUAUUUGUGUUUGUGACCAAGUGGCCCCUCCCCACACCCAGAUUUAUGGCCUCGUUUUCACUUGUAUAUUUUUCACACUGUAAAUUUCUUGUACAAACCCAAAGAAAAAAUUAAAAAAAAAAUUGUUUUUAAAAAAGGA